AUGGAUCCAUUUCGAAUAAAUUGGGGAAGAGAUACAUUUAUUUCAUUAUGUGCUCCUCCUUUAUUAACUAAUCGAUAUGAAGAAGCUCGUUAUUUAAUUUUAUUAUAUGGUGGAUGUCUUCGUCAUGGAUUAAUUCCUAAUUUAUUAGCUGAUGGAAAAACAGCACGAUAUAAUGCAAGAGAUGCUGUUUGGUGGUGGUUAUAUUCAAUAUCAUCUUAUACAUGCUUAGUUUCAGAUGUUGGAUUACAUGAUCAAUUAUUAUAUGAUGUUAUUCAUGAAGUUUUUCUUCGUCAUAUUCAAUCUUUAAAUUUUAGAGAACGUGGAACUGGACAUUCAUUAGAUUCAGUUAUGAGUGAUGAAGGUUUGAAUAAAAAAAUUGGAAUUGAUACUAAAACUAGUUUCGUUUAUGGAGGAAACAGAUGGAAUUUUGGAACAUGGAUGGAUAAAAUGAGUUCAAGUGAUAAAGCAAAUAAUAAAGGACAUCCAGCUACACCAAGAGAUGGAUCUGCUGUUAAAUUAGUUGGAUUAUCUAGAACUGUUAUUGCUUGGUUAUUCAAAUGA